GGAAAUGAGCACAGGUGGACACUCUCCAGCUGGCCGGUCACCACGGCCAGGAGCAGAUCUUCGGAGCCGAGGAGAGGUCAUGAUGCCCCCAAAAAGGAAGUGGGCACUGCCCGCACUCCCAGAUCCCAACCAGGUAGGUUUUAGGACCCAGAGCUGACGGCCUGCCCCCUGGAGAAGGGAGACACUUGUGGGUGGCGUCUGCAUUCCGACAGGUGGAGUCUCCCCAGCUAGGAGGAAGUAAGUGGCCCCGGCAGGGCAGCCGGCAGCCAGGUGCACACCUGUUCCCUGCCUGCUCCCUCCUGUCCCUGUGCUCUGCCGGCGUUGGACUCAGAUUGUGUGCCCAGAGGAAGAGCGGGAGCCUUGCCACCAAGAAGGCCGUGCACGCCAGUCCCAGCGGUGGUAGGCUGGCCGCUCAGCCGUGGCACUGACCCGGUCAGCGGCGGGGGAGCCGGGUGGCCAUGCUCUGGGGACUCAGGGGCCCCAGGCCAGGCGGAGAUGAGGCAGACAGGGAAGCCAAAGCGUCAGAGGCUGGAGGACGCGUCGCGGGUGGUGGUGUCCAACCUGCCCUUCGAAGGGCUGCCCCGCCGAGAGAACCCCAACGGCCACUACCGGGGGAACCGUGUGCAGACCAGCAAGUACACGCCGCUGUCCUUCCUGCCUAAAAACCUCUUCGAGCAGCUCCACCGCUUUGCCAAUUUCUACUUUUUGGGCAUCGUGGUGCUCAAUUUCGUGCCCGUGGUCAACGCCUUCCAGCCCGAGGUAGCCACCAUCCCCCUCUGCCUCAUCUUGGGGUUCACUGCCAUCAAGGAUGCUUGGGAGGACGUGCGGCGCUACCGGUCAGACAGACUGAUCAACAGCCGCGCAUGUGUGCUCUACAGCAGGAAAGAGCGGGGCUACGUGCAGAAGCGCUGGGAGGAUGUGCGCGUGGGCGACUUCGUGCGGCUGCAGUGUAACGAGAUCGUCCCGGCGGACACCCUCCUGCUGUGCUCCUCGGACCCCGGUGGCCUCUGCCACCUGGAGACCUCCAACCUGGAUGGGGAGACCAACCUCAAGCAGCGGCGGGCAGUGGAGGGCGUUGCCUGGCAGGGGGGCCACCUGGACCCAGAAAGCUUCUGUGACACCAUCGUGUGCGAGAAACCCAACCAUCACCUCAGCAGGUUCAGGGGUUACCUGGAGCACCCGGACCAGACUCGGACGGGCUUCGGCAGUGAGAGCCUUCUGCUCCGCGGCUGCACCAUCCGGAACACCCAGCUGGCCGUCGGCAUCGUGGUCUACGCUGGCCACGAGACCAAAGCCAUGCUCAACAACAGCGGCCCAAGGUACAAGCGCAGCAAGAUCGAGCGGCGCAUUAACACCCACAUCUUCUUCUGCAUCGGCCUCCUCUUCCUCUUGUGCCUCAUCGGAGCCGUAGGUCACAGCCUGUGGAACGCCACCUUCGAGGAGCACCCUCCCUUCGAUGUGCCAGAGGCCAACGGGAGCUUCCCGCCCCUGGCCCUGGGCGGUUUCUACAUGUUCCUCACCAUGAUCAUCCUGCUCCAGGUGCUCAUCCCCAUCUCCCUGUACGUGUCCAUCGAGCUGGUGAAGCUGGGCCACGUCUUCCUCCUGCACCACGACCUGGACCUGUACGACGAGGGCAGCGACGCGGGCAUCCAGUGCCGCGCCCUCAACAUCGCCGAGGACCUGGGCCAGAUCCAGCACAUCUUCUCCGACAAGACGGGCACGCUGACGGAGAACAGGAUGGUGUUCCGGCGCUGCAGCAUCGCGGGCGGAGAGUACGCGCACCAGGAGAACGCCAAGAGACUGGAGAUGCCACAGGAGCGGGACUCAGCCAGCAGACAGUGGGCCCAGUACCAGAGUCUGUCCUUCCCGGCCAGCCAGGCCGAGGGUUCCCCCGCGAGGAGAGGCCAGGGGGCCAUGCAGCCCCUGAGACGAAGCCAGAGUGCCCGGGCGCCCCUGCAGGGCCACGCCCGACAGACGUCUGUGGGGCGCUGGGAGAGCGGAUGGCCCAGCGUGGCCUUCAGCAGCCCCCUGGAGAGAGAGGUGAGCCCCGACGGGGGCCUGCAGGCCCGGGUGCAGGAGGCCAGCCUGUGGCUGCACGCACUGGCCAGCGCCCAGGGCCCCACCGGGCCCGCGCCCUCGCCCGCCUCCUUCGUGGCCGACUUCUUCCUCGCCCUGACCAUCUGCAACUCGGUCAUGGUGUCCACCGCCUCGGAGCCCCCACACAGGGUCACCUCGCCGCCCGCCUCGGCCCUGGGCACGUCCCUGGAGAAGAUCCAGCAGCUGUUCCAGAAGCUGAAGCUCUCGAGCCUCAGCCAGUCUUUCUCGUCCACGUCUGACUCGGACCCCAGGGAGACCCCGGGGCCUUCCCCGGCCGCCCCCGGCUCGGAGGACGGGGAGGACGCGUCCGGGGGCAGCAGCCCUGAUGGCACCUGGGAGCCGGGUGAUGGCAGCGGGGACACCACGGCCCCCGAGCUCUGCUACGAGGCCGAGAGCCCCGACGAGGCUGCGCUGGUGCACGCGGCCCGCGCCUACGGCUUCACGCUGCUGUCCCGCACGCCCCAGCACGUGGCCGUGCGCCUGCCCCACGGCGCCCGCCUGGCCUUCCCCGUGCUCAGCACCCUGCCCUUCGACGCCACCAGGAAGCGCAUGUCGGUGGUCGUCCGGCACCCGCUGACCCGGGAGAUCGUGGUGUACACCAAGGGCGCCGACUCGGCCAUCAUGGACCUGCUGGAGGACCCGGCCUGCGAGUCGGACCCUGAGGUGGAGAAGAAGAUGCGGAAGAUGCGGGCGCGGACGCAGAAGCACCUGGACCUGUACGCCAGGCACGGCCUGCGGACCCUGUGCAUCGCCAGGAAGGUGCUGAGUGAAGAGGACUUCCGGCGGUGGGCCAGUUUCCGGCGGGAGGCCGAGGCGGCCCUGGACAGCCGGGACGAGCUGCUGCUGGACACGGCCCAGCACCUGGAAACGCGGCUCACCUUAGUUGGGGCCACCGGGAUCGAGGACCGCCUGCAGGAGGGCGUCCCCGACACCAUCUCGGCUCUGCGGGAGGCGGGCAUCCGGCUCUGGGUGUUGACGGGGGACAAGCAGGAGACGGCUGUCAACGUCGCCCACGCCUGCCGGCUGCUGGACCCCGCGGACACGGUCUACUCCAUCAGCACCGAGAGCCAGGCGACCUGCGCGUCCCUCCUGGACUGCGCCCUGGAGGAGGUGAGGCGGCUCCAGGUGGGCGCGCGGAAGCUGGCGGCGCGGCCCCAGGCGGGGCUGGUCGUGGACGGGCGCACGCUGCAGGCCGUGGUGCAGGGGGAGCUGGAGGAGAAGUUCCUGGAGCUGGCGCAGGGCUGCCGCGCGGUGCUCUGCUGCCGGGCCACGCCGCUGCAGAAGACCACGGUGGUGCGGCUGGUGCGGGAGCGGCUGCGCGCCAUGACCCUGUCGGUAGGCGACGGAGCCAAUGACGUGAGCAUGAUCCAGGCGGCCGACGUGGGUGUGGGGCUCUCAGGCCAGGAGGGCAUGCAGGCCGUCAUGUCCAGCGACUUCGCCAUCUCCCGCUUCUGCCACCUGAAGAAGCUGCUGCUGGUGCACGGGCACUGGUGCUACUCGCGCCUGGCCCGGAUGGUGCUCUUCUACCUCUACAAGAACGUGAGCUACGUCAACCUGCUCUUCUGGUACCAGUUCUUCUGCGGCUUCUCGGGGGCCACCAUGAUUGACUACUGGCAGAUGAUCUUCUUCAACCUCUUCUUCACCUCCCUGCCGCCCCUCCUCUUCGGCGUCCUCGACAAGGACGUGUCGGCGGCCACGCUGCUGGCCGUGCCUGCCCUGUACAGGAGCGGCCAGGACUCGGAGUGCUACAACCUGCGGACCUUUGGGCUGUCCAUGGCGGACGCCUUCUACCAGAGCCUCGUCUGCUUCUUCAUCCCCUACCUGACCUACCGGGACUCGGACGUGGACGUGUUCACCUUCGGGAUGCCCAUCAACACCAUCUCCCUCACCACCAUCCUCCUGCACCAGGCCAUGGAAAUGAGGACCUGGACCCUUCUCCACGGGCUGGUCCUCGCGGGCAGCUUCCUGAUGUACUUCGUGGUGACCCUCGUGUACCACGCCACCUGCGUCACCUGCAACAGCCCCACCAACCCCUACCGGGUGAUGGAAGGGCAGCUGGCGGACCCCACCUUCUACCUCGUCUGCCUCCUCGCGCCCGUGGCCGCUCUCCUCCCCAGGUACUUCCUCCUGGCUCUGCGCGGGACAUACGGGAGCUCACUCAUCACUCAGGCCCAGAGGCUCGAGCGGUUGCCCGCGGACAGGAGGGAGCAGCUCAUCCAGCGCUGGAGGAGUGGACGGCGGCCAGGGCAGGCCCCGCCUCGCCAGGGCCCAGCGCCCCCUGGCCCAGGAGAGGACCUGAGAGCCAGCGCCCCCGACAGGCCCCCACCCGGAGACAAACCCAGCUGGGACCCGGGGACGGACGCACCGGGCUCCGGGGGCUCCUCGGCCAGGCUCUCCCCCAAGGAGCACCUUCUGGGUGUCGGCGGGGCGACAGGCUCUGGGGCAGGUGGGGGACAGCGGCCCGCGGCCAGGGGUGGCCAUCGCCGGUCCCAGAGCUCGAUGACCAUAUGAGGAGGGACAGCUCAGGGGACGCCCCAAGCACUGGCCACACCUGGAGGGAAGAAGGUGCCUGUUGAGAGACCCCCUUCCCCAAAUGCGUGCACGCACACAUACACAAACACACUUACACACACACUCACAUACACACACAUGCACGCACCUCAGAAAGCAGAGCUAGGGGGCUGGAGCUAGCACAGCAGGUAGGGCGUUUGCCUUGCAUGCGGCCAACCCGGGUUCGAUUCCCAGCAUCCCAAAAGGUCCCCCAAGCACCACCAGGAGUAAUUCCUGAGUGCAGAGCCAGAAGUAAACCCUGUGCCUUGCCGGGUGUGACCCAAAAAGCAAAGAAGAAGAAAAAGAAAAAGGAAGCGGAGCUAGGAGUAAGCCUCACCAGCGGCGGCUCUCCCAGCAAAGGCAUUUGGAGCAGCGGUAAACUGUUUAGUGGGGUGAACGCUGACGGCUAAGGCGUGGUGUGAUCAAGGACAAACGGACGAACCUGCCCUGGAUCUUCGGUCAGGGAUGGGUGUGUGGAGGGGCGGACAGCCAGUCCCCAGGGGACUCUGAAGAGGCCCAGCCACCUGCAAAGAUGCCCAUGAAGAUGAGCACAAUGGGGUCGGCAGAGGCGGGCAAGCCCAGCCCGUGCGCUGACCAGCCCGCUGACCGGACAAGUCUUCCUUGUGCGCACUCUCUCUUCUCUCUGUCUCUCCCCCUGUCUCUAUCUCUCCCCCUGUCUCUCUCUCUCUCCCCAUCUCUGUCUCUCCCCCCUCUCUGUCUCCCCCAUCUCUGUCUCUCCUCCCCUCUCUCUCUCCUCCCUGUCUCUCCCCCUUCUCUGUCUCUCCCCCUUCUCUGUCUCUCCCCCCUCUCUGUCUCUCCCCCCUUCUGUCUCUCCCCCCUCUCUGUCUCUCCUCCCAAGCACUGCAGGAGGAGGUGCAGACAAGCACAUCAGGUCACAUCAGGUGACUGUGGGACUCAUCCCCCAGGAGGGGAAGGAGUCAGAGCCCCAAUCUCGAGGGGUCUUCCAGCCCCAGGACUCCCACCCACUUCUAAAAGCCACCAUGGUGUUUCUGGAACGACCAGUGCUGUGGGGAGAAACUGUCCUGGGAGGGGGGCUUCAUUUGAGUUGGGGGCACGGGGUGUUUUGGCUUUGCCCCUGGACCCUCUUAGCUGGGCUGGACGUGUCCUGGUUUUCUGCACUGAACAGUCCCGUAUCCGAGGGAACGCAGCCCUCCUGGGCCCGGGGGGACGUGCCAUCCCCGCCCCUCGCCCCUCUGUGCACCAACUGUGAAUUUCCCUGUGCCACCCUGGGGGCAAAGGUCAGGGCCAUGCGCCCCUCGGGCCGGGCAUCAAGUGAAUGAUUGUGAUUAAUUAGUACCUUUUUAUACCUCUGUGAGCUUCUACUGAAAGGAAACGCGUGUCCUCCUUUCUUUGUAGAAAAAAAUAAACAAGACUUUUCUGUA